AUAGUGACCUCAAGGGCAUCAGUUCAAAUACGCGUUUUAUCUACCUUUAUAAUACAAGUGAUGUGAUUAUUGUUUAUAGGCUGGAAAUACCAUAAAAUGAAACCCUCGAAAUCUAAACUCAAUGCUAAGGAAUAUACACAACCUAACUUUAUGCUACCUGUUUUCGACUAUGAGCGACACCAACCCUCAUGGAGAAGUGAAAUCCCACAUUUUUCAGUUAACACCAAAAAUGGUUUACAGGGAGAACCACAACUCGGUGUUUUGGGGGAGAUCAGCAAAAAAGACAAAAGAAAAAGAAAGAAGGAUAUGUUUGACCCCCCUGAAGCAAACGUUAAGCGAAAGGCUGGUGAAAGCUUUCGCCUAGGACUUGUAGAUUUGAUAACUCGUGGUGAAGAUGCAGCUGUUGAUACAUGUGGUGAGCUAAAAGCGAUCUUCAGUAAAAAUUCGAUGUUGUCCACGCCUGAUGUCGGCCCAGUUAAAAGUAUCGCUGAUAAAGAAAAGAAAAUUUUGAGGUAUUAUUACUACAUCUAUAAUGGCAUUAAUACUGACGACGUGGCUCCAAUGGAUGGUGAAUGGAUGCAGCGUGUUGUUUCUUCGAUUAAAGCGGAUUUUAAUAAAUCUACCAAUAUGGCCUUACUAGAAGAGCUGGAGGAUGAAAUACGCAAGGAUUAUUUACUUAGUGUGAAGAAAGCCAUUGUAAACUUUGUUUUUGAUGAUUCGUCAGAUAAAAAACAAGCUUCAUAUGGGUCAGAUAUAAUUUCUGACAAAAAUGACGAAGAACACAGCGUGUCAGAGUAUCUUAAAGAAUUAGAUACUGUACCAAAACCAUGGCAUCCAACGUUCUUGUCAGCGUAUAAAUACUGUCAAAGAAAUUUAUUUAUAACAAACAUCUGUAUUCAUCAAUUAUUGAAUUUAUGGUACACUAAAUUUGCCGACUUAAGACUAAUCGAUAUUCAAGAAGUGUACUCGAAACCAUCUGCUUUGGAACUAUCCGCAUUUCAACAAAUUUGCGUGAAGCACAUUGAAAUGACAAAAGAGAAACUGACAAAAAAAUGGCUCAAUGAAAUACAAAGUAUUUUCUAUCAUGGAAAUAGACGUAAACUUGUUCCGACUAGUGAUGAACCAUUGAAACUUGAAGCAUUUUAUAGAUGUGCAGCCACACUGAUGACAGAGAAUUUACAAAACCUUGGCUUACUUUCAAUGUUGGAUUACAAAAAUCUUAUUUGUCAAUUACUAAUCAAUCCGAACGGUCAGCAACAUCCUCGAUUUAUUCUACGUCUUGUUCUAGAUGAGAAUAUGAUAAAAUUUGAGCCAUCCAUAGAAGAAUUCGAAAGUACACUAUUGAAUAUGUUCGAUUAUAUGUAUAAUGUUAUUCAGAGUAUACCUAAAAUUGAAACUCGUCUUUAUUCUGAUUGGCAAUCUGAUAAUGUCACAUUACAUCCAAUUAUUUUAAGUAACAUUAUAGAGGAACGUAAAUAUGAAGUUAGAAAAAUGUUAUUAUUACAACUUAAAGGACCAGAGUUACAUAUUCGAGAAUAUGAUAAAUAUCAAUUUCUAGUCAAUAGACAAGCUGAACAAAAUAUUGAAUUGUUAUUAAAUCCACCAGUACAAGAACUAACAGUUCAAGCCGCUGAAUCCACUGAUGAUGACGAUUUACAAGAUAAUCUUGAUGAUAAAGUGAAAUUAGAAGAAGCGUCUGAAAAAGAUGUUAUUGAAAAUAAACCGACUGGACCAUCAUUUGAAGAAUUGACACGUGAACUAUUAAAAUAUGAUCGUUUAGUGAAAAGAAUCCAGUAUGAAUCCAGACGUACAAUUUGUUUGGAAUUAUUUGAAGUACAUUGUGAUGAAUUAAUUCGUUCUUUAACUAAACGAGCUGAAAAUAUAUCAGAUCGUAUUUUAGAACGGAUUUUGGAAGAUCAUAGAAUAAUGAAUAAAACUUUGAUUCAAGAAUAUGAACUUAUCAGUACCAAAGCGUUAACUGUUCCAACUGAUAUUUCACAUAUGAUACAAAUUAAUGAAUUUGUUAAUCAUGCAGAAAAAGUUACAAUGAACACCUUAGAACGUGAGCUGGAUAAUUGUAAAGAUCGCUUAUUAUUUCUUAUGGACCAUGCACAAUUAAAUCCAUCAGAUAUGCGUAUUAAUAGUCAGGUAUUUGAAUGGCAUACACGUAUGAAUGAAGUAUUCGCUGAAAGUCGACGUAUUACACAAACGAAACGUGAAGAAUUUGAAAUCAGUCUGAGAUAUAAACGUGAAAGAUUUAUUGAAGAAAUUGAAUCAUAUAGAAAACAAGUGGAUAAAUUCCAAGGAUAUGGAGAUCUGAAUGAAAUAAAUCGAUAUUUGAAGAAAGCACAAAGUUUAAAUUCAAAGUUAGAAAUAGCUUUAACUAAAAUAGAUGGAUUCAAUGCAGAUGAAGAAGCAUUGAAAUGGGAUACAACAUCAUAUCCACUACGUAAUGAAAUACAAAAUAUAUUGAAACCAUUUUUAACUCUAUAUGAAAUGACAGUAGAAUUCAAUAAGAAACAUAAAGAAUGGAUGGAAGGAUCUAUGGAUAAGGUUGAACCAGAAAAAGUAGAAAUGGACGUAUCAAACUAUUAUCGUAGUUUGUUCAAACUAGAGAAGACAUUCGAUACUUUACCAGCACCACGAAAAAUUGCUACACAAGUUCGUGGAAAAGUCGAAGAAUUCAAGGAACAUUUACCGCUAAUACGUGCGUUAUUUAAUCCAGGUUUACGUGAAAGACAUUGGGAACAAAUUUCAGAAAUAGUUGGUUUUACAGUAAGUAAUCAAGAAGAAGGAAUAUGUUUAGCUAAAUUGAUUGAUAUGAAUCUUGAUCCGUAUAUAUCUAAAUUUGACUCAAUCUCAGAAGCUGCUAGCAAAGAAAAUAGUCUUGAAAAAACACUGGAUAAAAUGCAUAAAGAAUGGGAAUCAAUGGAGCUCAACUUGAUACCAUAUCGUGACAGUGGUACAUUUAUACUGUCUUCAGUGGAUGAUAUACAAGUAUUGUUAGAUGAUCAUAUUGUAAAAACUCAAACAAUGCGUGGAUCACCUUAUAUUAAACCAUUCGAAGCGGAAAUCAAAGAUUGGGAACAAAAAUUAAUAUUAACUCAAGAUAUUCUUGAUGAAUGGUUAAAAGUACAAGCUACAUGGUUAUAUUUAGAACCAAUAUUUAAUUCACCAGAUAUUAUAUCACAAAUGCCAGAUGAAAGUAGAAAAUUUAUUAUUGUUGAUAAAAUAUGGAAAGAAUUAAUGAAACAAUCAAAUCAAAAUCAUUCUAUAUUAACUAUUAUUACUAUGGAAAAUUUAUUAAAUAAAUUACAAAAAUCUAAUCAAUUACUUGAAUUAAUCUUAAAAGGAUUAAAUACUUAUUUAGAAAAGAAACGUUUAUAUUUUCCAAGAUUUUUCUUUUUAUCUAAUGAUGAAUUAUUAGAAAUUUUAUCAGAAACAAAUGAUCCAUUAAGAGUACAACCACAUUUAAAAAAAUGUUUUGAAGGUAUUGCAUCAUUAUUAUUUACUAAAACAUUAGAUAUUACACAUAUUAUAAGUAGUGAUAAUGAAUCAGUUCAAUUAUCUAAUACAAUAUCAACAUUAAAUACACAUGGUUCUGUGGAAAAAUGGUUAUUACAAUUAGAAACGAAUAUGAUUAAUUCAAUACAAUUAAAUAUCAAUAAUGCAUUAAAUGAUUAUUUAAUUAAAUUACGUAAAGAUUGGGUUAAAUUAUGGUGUGGUCAAGCUAUAUUAGCUGGUUCUAUGUAUUAUUGGACAAUGAAUGUUGAAGAAGCAAUACAAAUUAGUCUUGAUGCAAUGAAAAAUUAUUUAAAAGUAAACAACCAGCAAAUAGAUGAAAUUGUUGCUAUGGUUAGAGGACAAUUAUCUAAACAAAAUCGUAUAACACUACAAGCAUUAAUUGUGUUAGAUGUUCAUGCACGUGAUGUACUGGCCGAACUAAUAUCACUUAAAUGUCAAUCCAAUACAGAAUUUUCAUGGCUUAGUCAACUACGUUAUUAUUUGGUUGAACAAAAGCUAGUGACACGUAUGAUUAAUUCACAAUUAAACUAUGGUUAUGAAUAUUUGGGUAAUACUGGGAGAUUAGUUAUCACACCAUUGACUGAUAGGUGUUAUCGAACAUUAUUUGGAGCAUUACAUUUACAUUUGGGUGGUGCGCCUGAGGGUCCAGCUGGUACAGGUAAAACAGAGACAACCAAAGAUCUCGCAAAAGCAGUAGCUAAACAAUGUGUUGUAUUCAAUUGUUCCGAUGGACUGGAUUAUAUUGCUUUGGGUAAAUUUUUCAAGGGACUUGCAUCAUGCGGUGCAUGGUCAUGUUUUGAUGAAUUUAAUCGUAUUGAUUUAGAAGUACUUUCUGUAGUAGCUCAACAAAUUUUAACUAUUCAACGUGCAAUUCUUGCCAAUCAAACAAGUUUAAUAUUUGAAGGAACUGAAAUUAAAUUAGAUCGAACGUGUGCUGUAUUCAUUACAAUGAAUCCAGGUUAUGCUGGACGUUCAGAACUACCAGAUAAUUUAAAAGCUUUGUUUCGUUCAGUAGCUAUGAUGGUACCAGAUUAUGCAAUGAUUGCAGAGAUUUCAUUAUAUUCAUGUGGUUUUGUUAAUGCUCGUCCACUUGCUAUAAAAAUUGUUGCUACUUAUCGUUUAUGUUCAGAACAAUUAUCUAGUCAAUCUCAUUAUGAUUAUGGUAUGAGAGCUGUGAAAUCUGUCCUUACAGCAGCUGGUAAUCUUAAAUUAAAAUAUCCAAAUGAAGAUGAAGAUGUAUUAAUGUUACGUUCUAUUAUUGAUGUGAAUUUACCGAAAUUUCUUAGUGAUGAUUUACCAUUAUUUAGUGGAAUAGCUUCAGAUCUAUUUCCUGGUAUUGAACGUCCAACACCAGAUUAUGAAAUAUUAAAUAAUGCUAUAAAAAAUGCUUGUGAUCGUAUGAAUUUACAAUAUACUAAAUUUUUCAUAGAGAAAAUACAACAAGUUUAUGAAAUGAUGAUUGUACGACAUGGUUUUAUGAUUGUUGGUGAACCAUUCGGUGGUAAAACUAGUUCAUAUCGUGUAUUAGCUGCUGCUUUAGGUGAAAUAUGUGAAAAAGGUCGUAUGGAAGAAAAUAAAGUGCAAUAUACUGUAAUCAAUCCAAAAGCGAUAACAAUGGGACAGUUAUAUGGUCAGUUUGAUCCCGUAUCACAUGAGUGGUCAGAUGGUAUAUUAGCUGUUUCAUAUAGAACAUUUGCCACAUCAACAACACCAGAUCGUAAAUGGUUAAUAUUUGAUGGACCAGUUGAUGCUGUAUGGAUAGAGAAUAUGAAUACUGUGUUAGAUGAUAAUAAAAAGUUAUGUUUAAUGUCAGGUGAAAUUAUUCAGUUAGCGCCAACAACUAAUUUGAUAUUCGAACCAAUGGAUUUAGAGGCUGCUUCACCGGCAACUGUAUCUCGUUGUGGUAUGAUCUAUUUGGAACCGGCAAGUUUAGGUUGGCGACCAUUGCUACGUAGUUGGAUGAAUAAAUUACCUAAUUUUAUUAAACAGUUACAUAAAGAUAUUUGGAUUGAUAUGUUUGAUAGAUUUGUCGAUGCUGGUAUUGCAUUAAUUCGUAAAGGUGGUAUUAAAGAAUUAUCACCAACUAGUGAUAUAAACUUAGUGAAAUCCUUAAUGAAUCUAAUUGAUUGUCAAAUAGCAGAAUUUAAUGCUGACAAUAAUUUUACACAAUUUACUGAUCAUAAUUCAAGUGCAAUCGUUGAAUGUAUAUUCUUUUUUGCUUAUGUUUGGUCAAUCGGUGCUACUACAGAUAAAGAUGGUAGACAGAAAUUUGAUAAAUUAAUACGUGAAUUAAUGAAUGGUGGUAUGAUGGAAGAGACAAGACAACGACUGGCAUUAAUUGAAUUAGUUCCACCGCCAAUGGAAGAUUAUAAACGUCCAUUUCCGAUAAAGAAAACAGUUUAUGAUUAUAAAUUAGUAAUGAAGGCCAAUAACAAAGAAGGAAUAGAAGAUGAGAUCCCAAUUAACUGGGAGUUGUGGACAGAGACUGUACGUUUAGCGCCACCAAUACCUAAAGAUGCCAGUUUCAAUGAAAUAAUCAUUCCAACAGUAGAAACUGUUCGAUGUAAUCAUUUACUAAAUUUAUUUAUUUUAAAUGGUAAACCAUCAUUAUUUAUCGGUCCAACUGGUACUGGGAAAUCAUGUUAUAUAAUGGAUUUUCUCAUGAAUAAGGUGGAAAAAGACAUCUAUAAGCCGCACACGUUGAACUUUUCAGCACAAACUAGUGCAAAUCAAACACAGAAUAUUAUUUUAUCGAAAUUAGAUCGUCGACGUAAAGGUGUAUUUGGACCACCAAUGGGUAAAAAAAUUAUUGUAUUUGUUGAUGACUUGAAUAUGCCAGUAAGAGAAACAUAUGGUGCACAGCCUCCGAUUGAAUUAUUACGUCAAUGGUUGGAUCAUUGGAAUUGGUAUGAUUUAAAAACGAAUGAAGCAAUCCGAUUGAUUGACUUACUUUUCAUUGGUUCUAUGGGCCCACCAGGAGGUGGACGAAAUGUCAUUACUCCAAGAUUUUUACGUCAUUUAAAUAUUGUAACUGUUAAUGAAUUCGAUGAUCAUACAAUGAAAACAAUAUUUACAAGAAUUAUGGACUGGCAUAUCACUGUGAAAGGUUUUAGUCCGGAUUAUAAGAAAAUGCCAGAACAAAUAGUUAACGCCACACUUGAAGUAUAUAAAGGUGCAUUACAAAACCUGCUACCAACACCCACUAAAUCUCAUUAUCUGUUUAAUUUACGUGAUUUUAGUCGUGUUAUACAAGGUAUUUUACUAUCGGUUCCUGAAUCUGCGGAAACAUUAGACUCUAUGAAACGUUUAUGGGUUCAUGAAGUAUUUCGUGUUUAUUAUGAUCGUUUAGUUGAUGAUGCUGAUCGUGAAUGGUUAUUUAAUUUUAUACGACAAUGUGUUAAAACGCAUUUGGAUGUAGAAUUUAAUACAUUAUUUCAACAUUUAACAGGUGAUAAUGAAACUGAGGUUACAGAAGAUCAUCUUCGAUCGCUUAUGUUCUGUGAUUUUGCUGAUUCUAAGGGAAAACGUAAUUAUGCUGAAGUCAAUGAUGUUGAACAAUUACGUAAAGUAACUGAAGCUUACUUAGAAGAAUAUAAUCAGUUAAGCAAGAAACCUAUGAAUUUAGUUCUAUUUCGUUUUGCUAUAGAACAUGUAUGUCGUAUUGCACGUAUAUUAAAACAACCAAGAUCGCAUGCAUUACUUGUUGGUAUCGGAGGAUCAGGACGUCAAUCACUUACUCGAUUAGCUGCUCAUCUAUCGGAUUUUGACUUAUUCCAAGUUGAAAUCUCUAAAAGUUAUGGUGUUAAUGAAUGGAAAGAAGAUUUAAAGCAUAUAUUAAGAAAAUCAAGUGAAACUGAUAAUCAUGCUAUUUUCUUAUUUACUGAUACACAAAUUAAACAAGAAAGUUUUCUAGAAGAUAUAAAUAAUUUAUUAAAUGCUGGUGAAGUACCUAAUCUUUAUGCAAUUGAUGAAAAAAUGGAAUUAUGUGAAAAAAUACGUCAAAUUGAUAGAGCAAGAGAUAGAAAUAAACAAACAGAUGGUUCACCAGUAGCAUUAUUUAAUUAUUUUAUACAACGUGUUCGUGAACAAUUACAUAUUGUAUUAGCAUUAAGUCCAAUUGGUGAUUCAUUUAGAAAUCGUUUAAGAAAAUUUCCUUCAUUAGUUAAUUGUUGUACAAUUGAUUGGUUUCAGGCAUGGCCAGAAGAUGCUUUAACAGCUGUUGCUACACGUUCAUUAAAAGAUGUUGAUAUGACAGAUGAAAUUCGUAAUGGAUGUAUUGAUUUAUGUAAAUAUUUUCAUACUAGUACAUGUAAUCUAUCAACUCGAUUUCUAUUAGAAUUAGAUCGACACAAUUAUGUAACACCUACAUCAUAUCUUGAAUUAAUUACAACAUUUAUAACAUUAUUAUCAAAAAAACGAACGGAAGUAUUAACUCAAAAAAGUCGUUAUGAAGUUGGUUUGGAAAAAUUAAGUAGUGCAGCUAAUGAGAUUAGUUUAAUGUCAGUGGAAUUACAAUCACUUCAACCAAAACUUGUACAAGCUAGUAAAGAAGUUGAUGAAGUUAUGAUUGUUGUGGAACAGCAAAGUGCUGAAGCAGCUAAACAGGAAAAACUCGUACGUGUUGAUGAAGCGGUUGCUGGUGAACAAGCAAAAGCUGCUGAAACAAUGAAAGAAGAAUGUGAUAAUGAUUUAGCUGAAGCAAUACCGAUAUUAGAAUCGGCAUUAAAAGCUCUGGAAACACUGACACCGGCUGAUAUUACUAUUGUUAAAACAAUGAAAUCCCCACCAGCUGGUGUGCGUUUAGUUAUGGAAGCUGUUUGUGUUUUAAAAGGUAUUAAACCUGAUCGUAUAAAUGAUCCUAGUGGAUCAGGUAAAAAAAUUGAAGAUUUUUGGGGUCCAUCAAAAAAAUUACUUGGUGAUAUGAAAUUUUUAGAAAAUUUAAAAAAUUUCGAUAAAGAUAAUAUACCAUUAACAAUAAUGAAAACAAUACGUGAACGUUAUAUACCAAAUCCUGAUUUUAAACCAGAACGUGUUGCAGUUGCUUCAACAGCAUGUGAAGGUUUAUGUAAAUGGGUUAUAGCUAUAGAACGUUAUGAUAUAGUGGCAAAAAUUGUAGCACCUAAAAAAGAAGCAUUAGCUAAAGCUAUGUCUGAAUAUAAUACAGCAAUGAAUGCAUUAAAUAUAAAACGUGCAGCACUUAAAGAAGUACAAGAUCGUUUAAAAUUAUUAACAGAUGAUUUAGAAAUGAAUAAACGUAAAAAAAUUGAUUUAGAAAAUAAAGUUGAUUUAUGUACAAAAAAAUUAGAACGUGCUGAACAAUUAAUUGGUGGUUUAGGUGGUGAAAAAUCACGUUGGACAGAAGCAGCUAAAUCACUUGGUAAACAAUAUAUAAAUCUUACUGGUGAUAUACUUGUUUCCAGUGGAUUAGUUGCUUAUUUAGGUGCAUUUACAUCAACAUUUCGUCAAAUACAAGUGAAAAUUUGGUUAAAUGAAAUUAUGAAAUAUUCAAUUCCAUGUUCAGAAUCAUUUAGUUUAGUACAUACAUUAGGUAAUCCAGUUGAUAUUAGAGCAUGGAAUAUUGCUGGUUUACCAACAGAUGAUUUUUCAAUUGAAAAUGGAAUCAUUAUGGCUAAUGCAAGACGUUGGCCACUAAUGAUUGAUCCGACUAGUCAAGCUAAUAAAUGGAUAAAAAAUAUGGAGAAAAAGAAUAAUUUACAAAUUAUCAAAUUAACUGAUAGUGAUUUUGUUCGUACAUUAGAAAAUUGUAUACAAUUUGGUACACCAGUAUUAUUAGAAAAUAUUGGUGAAGAAUUAGAUCCAAUGUUAGAAUCAUUAUUAUUAAAACAAACAUUUAAACAAGGCGGUGCAUUAUGUAUUAAAAUUGGUGAUUCCGUUGUUGAAUAUUCACCGGAAUUUCGUUUUUAUAUGACAACUAAAUUUAGAAAUCCUCAUUAUUUACCAGAAACUUCAGUUAAAGUAACUUUAGUGAAUUUUAUGAUUACUGAAGAAGGUUUACAAGAUCAAUUAUUGGGUAUUGUAGUUGCACGUGAAAGACCAGAAUUAGAAGAAGAAAAAAAUAAAUUAAUAUUACAAGGUGCUGCAAAUAAAAAGAAAUUGAAAGAAUUAGAAGAUCAAAUUCUUGGUGUAUUAUCAUCAUCUGAAGGCAAUAUUUUAGAAGAUGAAAGUGCUAUUAAAGUAUUGAAUUCAUCUAAAGAAUUAUCUAAUGAAAUAGCAGAGAAACAAGCAUAUUUUGAAGAAACUGAACAAAAAAUUGAUAUGGCACGUUUAGGUUAUGUACCAAUUGCUGUACAUACAGCUAUUUUAUUCUUUUCAAUAUCUGAUUUAGCUAAUAUUGAUCCAAUGUAUCAAUAUUCAUUAACAUGGUUUAUUAAUCUAUUUAUAAUGGGUAUUGAUAAUUCUGAGAAAUCUGAUGAUCUGGAACAACGUUUAACUAAUCUACGAAAUUAUUUAACAUAUUCAUUAUAUUGUAAUGUAUGUCGAUCAUUAUUUGAAAAAGACAAGCUACUAUUUUCAUUCUUACUUUCUAUCAAUAUGCUUCGUCAUGAGGGAUUGUUAAAUGAACAAGAAUGGAGAUUUUUAUUAACCGGUGGUGUCGGUUUAGAUAAUCCACAUGUAAAUCCAUCCAAUUGGUUACAAACUAAAUCAUGGGAUGAAUUAUGUCGGCUAGAUCAAAUCAAUGUUUUUACUGGUAUACGUGAACAUUUUGAAUGUAAUCUUAAUGCAUGGAAACGUAUAUAUGAUAGUGUUGAACCACAUAAUGAAAAAUUACCAGAUAAUUUAACACACAUUAAAACACAAUUGCAAUUUCUUUGUAUACUACGUGUUUUAAGACCAGACAAAAUUGUACCAGCUGUACAGAAUUUUGUUUUAACAAAUUUAGGCAAGAAAUACAUUGAACCGCCACCAUUUGAUUUACCAGAUUUUCGUUUAUGGUUAACAAGUUAUCCGAGUAAAGAUUUCCCUGUAUCAAUUUUACAAAAUGGUGUUAAAAUGACUAAUGAACCACCGAAAGGUUUACGUUUUAAUCUAUGGAGAUCAUAUUUAAGCGAUCCAAUUUCAGAUCAAGAAUUCUUUCAGUCAUGUUCAAAUAAACAUGCUUGGAAAAAAUUAUUAUUCGGAUUAGUAUUCUUUCAUGCUAUUGUACAAGAAAGACGUAAAUUUGGACCACUCGGUUGGAAUACACCGUAUGAGUUCAAUGAAACAGAUUUACGUAUAUCAGUUCAACAGUUACACAUGUUUCUUGGACAGUACAGUGUUACAGCAGCAGCAGCAGCAGCAGCAGCAGCAGCAGCAGCAGCAGCAGCAGCAGCAGCAGCAGCAGCAGCAGCAGCAGCAGCAGCAGCAGCAGCAGCAGCAGCAGCAGCAGCAGCAGCAGCAGCAGCAGCAGCAGCAGCAGCAGCAGCAGCAGCAGCAGCAGCAGCAGCAGCAGCAGCAGCAGCAGCAGCAGCAGCAGCAGCAGCAGCAGCAGCAGCAGCAGCAGCAGCAGCAGCAGCAGCAGCAGCAGCAGCAGCAGCAGCAGCAGCAGCAGCAGCAGCAGCAGCAGCAGCAGCAGCAGCAGCAGCAGCAGCAGCAGCAGCAGCAGCAGCAGCAGCAGCAGCAGCAGCAGCAGCAGCAGCAGCAGCAGCAGCAGCAGCAGCAGCAGCAGCAGCAGCAGCAGCAGCAGCAGCAGCAGCAGCAGCAGCAGCAGCAGCAGCAGCAGCAGCAGCAGCAGCAGCAGCAGCAGCAGCAGCAGCAGCAGCAGCAGCAGCAGCAGCAGCAGCAGCAGCAGCAGCAGCAGCAGCAGCAGCAGCAGCAGCAGCAGCAGCAGCAGCAGCAGCAGCAGCAGCAGCAGCAGCAGCAGCAGCAGCAGCAGCAGCAGCAGCAGCAGCAGCAGCAGCAGCAGCAGCAGCAGCAGCAGCAGCAGCAGCAGCAGCAGCAGCAGCAGCAGCAGCAGCAGCAGCAGCAGCAGCAGCAGCAGCAGCAGCAGCAGCAGCAGCAGCAGCAGCAGCAGCAGCAGCAGCAGCAGCAGCAGCAGCAGCAGCAGCAGCAGCAGCAGCAGCAGCAGCAGCAGCAGCAGCAGCAGCAGCAGCAGCAGCAGCAGCAGCAGCAGCAGCAGCAGCAGCAGCAGCAGCAGCAGCAGCAGCAGCAGCAGCAGCAGCAGCAGCAGCAGCAGCAGCAGCAGCAGCAGCAGCAGCAGCAGCAGCAGCAGCAGCAGCAGCAGCAGCAGCAGCAGCAGCAGCAGCAGCAGCAGCAGCAGCAGCAGCAGCAGCAGCAGCAGCAGCAGCAGCAGCAGCAGCAGCAGCAGCAGCAGCAGCAGCAGCAGCAGCAGCAGCAGCAGCAGCAGCAGCAGCAGCAGCAGCAGCAGCAGCAGCAGCAGCAGCAGCAGCAGCAGCAGCAGCAGCAGCAGCAGCAGCAGCAGCAGCAGCAGCAGCAGCAGCAGCAGCAGCAGCAGCAGCAGCAGCAGCAGCAGCAGCAGCAGCAGCAGCAGCAGCAGCAGCAGCAGCAGCAGCAGCAGCAGCAGCAGCAGCAGCAGCAGCAGCAGCAGCAGCAGCAGCAGCAGCAGCAGCAGCAGCAGCAGCAGCAGCAGCAGCAGCAGCAGCAGCAGCAGCAGCAGCAGCAGCAGCAGCAGCAGCAGCAGCAGCAGCAGCAGCAGCAGCAGCAGCAGCAGCAGCAGCAGCAGCAGCAGCAGCAGCAGCAGCAGCAGCAGCAGCAGCAGCAGCAGCAGCAGCAGCAGCAGCAGCAGCAGCAGCAGCAGCAGCAGCAGCAGCAGCAGCAGCAGCAGCAGCAGCAGCAGCAGCAGCAGCAGCAGCAGCAGCAGCAGCAGCAGCAGCAGCAGCAGCAGCAGCAGCAGCAGCAGCAGCAGCAGCAGCAGCAGCAGCAGCAGCAGCAGCAGCAGCAGCAGCAGCAGCAGCAGCAGCAGCAGCAGCAGCAGCAGCAGCAGCAGCAGCAGCAGCAGCAGCAGCAGCAGCAGCAGCAGCAGCAGCAGCAGCAGCAGCAGCAGCAGCAGCAGCAGCAGCAGCAGCAGCAGCAGCAGCAGCAGCAGCAGCAGCAGCAGCAGCAGCAGCAGCAGCAGCAGCAGCAGCAGCAGCAGCAGCAGCAGCAGCAGCAGCAGCAGCAGCAGCAGCAGCAGCAGCAGCAGCAGCAGCAGCAGCAGCAGCAGCAGCAGCAGCAGCAGCAGCAGCAGCAGCAGCAGCAGCAGCAGCAGCAGCAGCAGCAGCAGCAGCAGCAGCAGCAGCAGCAGCAGCAGCAGCAGCAGCAGCAGCAGCAGCAGCAGCAGCAGCAGCAGCAGCAGCAGCAGCAGCAGCAGCAGCAGCAGCAGCAGCAGCAGCAGCAGCAGCAGCAGCAGCAGCAGCAGCAGCAGCAGCAGCAGCAGCAGCAGCAGCAGCAGCAGCAGCAGCAGCAGCAGCAGCAGCAGCAGCAGCAGCAGCAGCAGCAGCAGCAGCAGCAGCAGCAGCAGCAGCAGCAGCAGCAGCAGCAGCAGCAGCAGCAGCAGCAGCAGCAGCAGCAGCAGCAGCAGCAGCAGCAGCAGCAGCAGCAGCAGCAGCAGCAGCAGCAGCAGCAGCAGCAGCAGCAGCAGCAGCAGCAGCAGCAGCAGCAGCAGCAGCAGCAGCAGCAGCAGCAGCAGCAGCAGCAGCAGCAGCAGCAGCAGCAGCAGCAGCAGCAGCAGCAGCAGCAGCAGCAGCAGCAGCAGCAGCAGCAGCAGCAGCAGCAGCAGCAGCAGCAGCAGCAGCAGCAGCAGCAGCAGCAGCAGCAGCAGCAGCAGCAGCAGCAGCAGCAGCAGCAGCAGCAGCAGCAGCAGCAGCAGCAGCAGCAGCAGCAGCAGCAGCAGCAGCAGCAGCAGCAGCAGCAGCAGCAGCAGCAGCAGCAGCAGCAGCAGCAGCAGCAGCAGCAGCAGCAGCAGCAGCAGCAGCAGCAGCAGCAGCAGCAGCAGCAGCAGCAGCAGCAGCAGCAGCAGCAGCAGCAGCAGCAGCAGCAGCAGCAGCAGCAGCAGCAGCAGCAGCAGCAGCAGCAGCAGCAAAGCAGCAGCAGCAGCAGCAGCAGCAGCAGCAGCAGCAGCAGCAGCAGCAGCAGCAGCAGCAGCAGCAGCAGCAGCAGCAGCAGCAGCAGCAGCAGCAGCAGCAGCAGCAGCAGCAGCAGCAGCAGCAGCAGCAGCAGCAGCAGCAGCAGCAGCAGCAGCAGCAGCAGCAGCAGCAGCAGCAGCAGCAGCAGCAGCAGCAGCAGCAGCAGCAGCAGCAGCAGCAGCAGCAGCAGCAGCAGCAGCAGCAGCAGCAGCAGCAGCAGCAGCAGCAGCAGCAGCAGCAGCAGCAGCAGCAGCAGCAGCAGCAGCAGCAGCAGCAGCAGCAGCAGCAGCAGCAGCAGCAGCAGCAGCAGCAGCAGCAGCAGCAGCAGCAGCAGCAGCAGCAGCAGCAGCAGCAGCAGCAGCAGCAGCAGCAGCAGCAGCAGCAGCAGCAGCAGCAGCAGCAGCAGCAGCAGCAGCAGCAGCAGCAGCAGCAGCAGCAGCAGCAGCAGCAGCAGCAGCAGCAGCAGCAGCAGCAGCAGCAGCAGCAGCAGCAGCAGCAGCAGCAGCAGCAGCAGCAGCAGCAGCAGCAGCAGCAGCAGCAGCAGCAGCAGCAGCAGCAGCAGCAGCAGCAGCAGCAGCAGCAGCAGCAGCAGCAGCAGCAGCAGCAGCAGCAGCAGCAGCAGCAGCAGCAGCAGCAGCAGCAGCAGCAGCAGCAGCAGCAGCAGCAGCAGCAGCAGCAGCAGCAGCAGCAGCAGCAGCAGCAGCAGCAGCAGCAGCAGCAGCAGCAGCAGCAGCAGCAGCAGCAGCAGCAGCAGCAGCAGCAGCAGCAGCAGCAGCAGCAGCAGCAGCAGCAGCAGCAGCAGCAGCAGCAGCAGCAGCAGCAGCAGCAGCAGCAGCAGCAGCAGCAGCAGCAGCAGCAGCAGCAGCAGCAGCAGCAGCAGCAGCAGCAGCAGCAGCAGCAGCAGCAGCAGCAGCAGCAGCAGCAGCAGCAGCAGCAGCAGCAGCAGCAGCAGCAGCAGCAGCAGCAGCAGCAGCAGCAGCAGCAGCAGCAGCAGCAGCAGCAGCAGCAGCAGCAGCAGCAGCAGCAGCAGCAGCAGCAGCAGCAGCAGCAGCAGCAGCAGCAGCAGCAGCAGCAGCAGCAGCAGCAGCAGCAGCAGCAGCAGCAGCAGCAGCAGCAGCAGCAGCAGCAGCAGCAGCAGCAGCAGCAGCAGCAGCAGCAGCAGCAGCAGCAGCAGCAGCAGCAGCAGCAGCAGCAGCAGCAGCAGCAGCAGCAGCAGCAGCAGCAGCAGCAGCAGCAGCAGCAGCAGCAGCAGCAGCAGCAGCAGCAGCAGCAGCAGCAGCAGCAGCAGCAGCAGCAGCAGCAGCAGCAGCAGCAGCAGCAGCAGCAGCAGCAGCAGCAGCAGCAGCAGCAGCAGCAGCAGCAGCAGCAGCAGCAGCAGCAGCAGCAGCAGCAGCAGCAGCAGCAGCAGCAGCAGCAGCAGCAGCAGCAGCAGCAGCAGCAGCAGCAGCAGCAGCAGCAGCAGCAGCAGCAGCAGCAGCAGCAGCAGCAGCAGCAGCAGCAGCAGCAGCAGCAGCAGCAGCAGCAGCAGCAGCAGCAGCAGCAGCAGCAGCAGCAGCAGCAGCAGCAGCAGCAGCAGCAGCAGCAGCAGCAGCAGCAGCAGCAGCAGCAGCAGCAGCAGCAGCAGCAGCAGCAGCAGCAGCAGCAGCAGCAGCAGCAGCAGCAGCAGCAGCAGCAGCAGCAGCAGCAGCAGCAGCAGCAGCAGCAGCAGCAGCAGCAGCAGCAGCAGCAGCAGCAGCAGCAGCAGCAGCAGCAGCAGCAGCAGCAGCAGCAGCAAAGCAGCAGCAGCAGCAGCAGCAGCAGCAGCAGCAGCAGCAGCAGCAGCAGCAGCAGCAGCAGCAGCAGCAGCAGCAGCAGCAGCAGCAGCAGCAGCAGCAGCAGCAGCAGCAGCAGCAGCAGCAGCAGCAGCAGCAGCAGCAGCAGCAGCAGCAGCAGCAGCAGCAGCAGCAGCAGCAGCAGCAGCAGCAGCAGCAGCAGAAGCAGCAGCAGCAGCAGCAGCAGCAGCAGCAGCAGCAGCAGCAGCAGCAGCAGCAGCAGCAGCAGCAGCAGCAGCAGCAGCAGCAGCAGCAGCAGCAGCAGCAGCAGCAGCAGCAGCAGCAGCAGCAGCAGCAGCAGCAGCAGCAGCAGCAGCAGCAGCAGCAGCAGCAGCAGCAGCAGCAGCAGCAGCAGCAGCAGCAGCAGCAGCAGCAGCAGCAGCAGCAGCAGCAGCAGCAGCAGCAGCAGCAGCAGCAGCAGCAGCAGCAGCAGCAGCAGCAGCAGCAGCAGCAGCAGCAGCAGCAGCAGCAGCAGCAGCAGCAGCAGCAGCAGCAGCAGCAGCAGCAGCAGCAGCAGCAGCAGCAGCAGCAGCAGCAGCAGCAGCAGCAGCAGCAGCAGCAGCAGCAGCAGCAGCAGCAGCAGCAGCAGCAGCAGCAGCAGCAGCAGCAGCAGCAGCAGCAGCAGCAGCAGCAGCAGCAGCAGCAGCAGCAGCAGCAGCAGCAGCAGCAGCAGCAGCAGCAGCAGCAGCAGCAGCAGCAGCAGCAGCAGCAGCAGCAGCAGCAGCAGCAGCAGCAGCAGCAGCAGCAGCAGCAGCAGCAGCAGCAGCAGCAGCAGCAGCAGCAGCAGCAGCAGCAGCAGCAGCAGCAGCAGCAGCAGCAGCAGCAGCAGCAGCAGCAGCAGCAGCAGCAGCAGCAGCAGCAGCAGCAGCAGCAGCAGCAGCAGCAGCAGCAGCAGCAGCAGCAGCAGCAGCAGCAGCAGCAGCAGCAGCAGCAGCAGCAGCAGCAGCAGCAGCAGCAGCAGCAGCAGCAGCAGCAGCAGCAGCAGCAGCAGCAGCAGCAGCAGCAGCAGCAGCAGCAGCAGCAGCAGCAGCAGCAGCAGCAGCAGCAGCAGCAGCAGCAGCAGCAGCAGCAGCAGCAGCAGCAGCAGCAGCAGCAGCAGCAGCAGCAGCAGCAGCAGCAGCAGCAGCAGCAGCAGCAGCAGCAGCAGCAGCAGCAGCAGCAGCAGCAGCAGCAGCAGCAGCAGCAGCAGCAGCAGCAGCAGCAGCAGCAGCAGCAGCAGCAGCAGCAGCAGCAGCAGCAGCAGCAGCAGCAGCAGCAGCAGCAGCAGCAGCAGCAGCAGCAGCAGCAGCAGCAGCAGCAGCAGCAGCAGCAGCAGCAGCAGCAGCAGCAGCAAAGCAGCAGCAGCAGCAGCAGCAGCAGCAGCAGCAGCAGCAGCAGCAGCAGCAGCAGCAGCAGCAGCAGCAGCAGCAGCAGCAGCAGCAGCAGCAGCAGCAGCAGCAGCAGCAGCAGCAGCAGCAGCAGCAGCAGCAGCAGCAGCAGCAGCAGCAGCAGCAGCAGCAGCAGCAGCAGCAGCAGCAGCAGCAGCAGCAGCAGCAGCAGCAGCAGCAGCAGCAGCAGCAGCAGCAGCAGCAGCAGCAGCAGCAGCAGCAGCAGCAGCAGCAGCAGCAGCAGCAGCAGCAGCAGCAGCAGCAGCAGCAGCAGCAGCAGCAGCAGCAGCAGCAGCAGCAGCAGCAGCAGCAGCAGCAGCAGCAGCAGCAGCAGCAGCAGCAGCAGCAGCAGCAGCAGCAGCAGCAGCAGCAGCAGCAGCAGCAGCAGCAGCAGCAGCAGCAGCAGCAGCAGCAGCAGCAGCAGCAGCAGCAGCAGCAGCAGCAGCAGCAGCAGCAGCAGCAGCAGCAGCAGCAGCAGCAGCAGCAGCAGCAGCAGCAGCAGCAGCAGCAGCAGCAGCAGCAGCAGCAGCAGCAGCAGCAGCAGCAGCAGCAGCAGCAGCAGCAGCAGCAGCAGCAGCAGCAGCAGCAGCAGCAGCAGCAGCAGCAGCAGCAGCAGCAGCAGCAGCAGCAGCAGCAGCAGCAGCAGCAGCAGCAGCAGCAGCAGCAGCAGCAGCAGCAGCAGCAGCAGCAGCAGCAGCAGCAGCAGCAGCAGCAGCAGCAGCAGCAGCAGCAGCAGCAGCAGCAGCAGCAGCAGCAGCAGCAGCAGCAGCAGCAGCAGCAGCAGCAGCAGCAGCAGCAGCAGCAGCAGCAGCAGCAGCAGCAGCAGCAGCAGCAGCAGCAGCAGCAGCAGCAGCAGCAGCAGCAGCAGCAGCAGCAGCAGCAGCAGCAGCAGCAGCAGCAGCAGCAGCAGCAGCAGCAGCAGCAGCAGCAGCAGCAGCAGCAGCAGCAGCAGCAGCAGCAGCAGCAGCAGCAGCAGCAGCAGCAGCAGCAGCAGCAGCAGCAGCAGCAGCAGCAGCAGCAGCAGCAGCAGCAGCAGCAGCAGCAGCAGCAGCAGCAGCAGCAGCAGCAGCAGCAGCAGCAGCAGCAGCAGCAGCAGCAGCAGCAGCAGCAGCAGCAGCAGCAGCAGCAGCAGCAGCAGCAGCAGCAGCAGCAGCAGCAGCAGCAGCAGCAGCAGCAGCAGCAGCAGCAGCAGCAGCAGCAGCAGCAGCAGCAGCAGCAGCAGCAGCAGCAGCAGCAGCAGCAGCAGCAGCAGCAGCAGCAGCAGCAGCAGCAGCAGCAGCAGCAGCAGCAGCAGCAGCAGCAGCAGCAGCAGCAGCAGCAGCAGCAGCAGCAGCAGCAGCAGCAGCAGCAGCAGCAGCAGCAGCAGCAGCAGCAGCAGCAGCAGCAGCAGCAGCAGCAGCAGCAGCAGCAGCAGCAGCAGCAGCAGCAGCAGCAGCAAGCAGCAGCAGCAGCAGCAGCAGCAGCAGCAGCAGCAGCAGCAAGCAGCAGCAGCAGCAGCAGCAGCAGCAGCAGCAGCAGCAGCAGCAGCAGCAGCAGCAGCAGCAGCAGCAGCAGCAGCAGCAGCAGCAGCAGCAGCAGCAGCAGCAGCAGCAGCAGCAGCAGCAGCAGCAGCAGCAGCAGCAGCAGCAGCAGCAGCAGCAGCAGCAGCAGCAGCAGCAGCAGCAGCAGCAGCAGCAGCAGCAGCAGCAGCAGCAGCAGCAGCAGCAGCAGCAGCAGCAGCAGCAGCAGCAGCAGCAGCAGCAGCAGCAGCAGCAGCAGCAGCAGCAGCAGCAGCAGCAGCAGCAGCAGCAGCAGCAGCAGCAGCAGCAGCAGCAGCAGCAGCAGCAGCAGCAGCAGCAGCAGCAGCAGCAGCAGCAGCAGCAGCAGCAGCAGCAGCAGCAGCAGCAGCAGCAGCAGCAGCAGCAGCAGCAGCAGCAGCAGCAGCAGCAGCAGCAGCAGCAGCAGCAGCAGCAGCAGCAGCAGCAGCAGCAGCAGCAGCAGCAGCAGCAGCAGCAGCAGCAGCAGCAGCAGCAGCAGCAGCAGCAGCAGCAGCAGCAGCAGCAGCAGCAGCAGCAGCAGCAGCAGCAGCAGCAGCAGCAGCAGCAGCAGCAGCAGCAGCAGCAGCAGCAGCAGCAGCAGCAGCAGCAGCAGCAGCAGCAGCAGCAGCAGCAGCAGCAGCAGCAGCAGCAGCAGCAGCAGCAGCAGCAGCAGCAGCAGCAGCAGCAGCAGCAGCAGCAGCAGCAGCAGCAGCAGCAGCAGCAGCAGCAGCAGCAGCAGCAGCAGCAGCAGCAGCAGCAGCAGCAGCAGCAGCAGCAGCAGCAGCAGCAGCAGCAGCAGCAGCAGCAGCAGCAGCAGCAGCAGCAGCAGCAGCAGCAGCAGCAGCAGUAG